AUGACAGUAAUUAAAAAAGGAAAAAACAAAAAAAAAAAUUUGAAAAAUGAUGAUCGCUAUAAAGAAUUGGACAGUCUAAUAACCAAUGGAAGUGAAAUAGGAGAUAAUUCAGGACGAAGUUGUAUCAAAAGAUUUUUCAAAAUAAUUGGAAAUGAAAUGAAAAAUAAUGUUUAUGUUUAUUUCCUAAGUAUAUUAUAUUUAUGUGUUUGUGUAAUGAAUAAAGUUUUUGCAAAAAGAACCCUAAAUAAAAUGGGAAAUUAUAGUUUUGUUACUUCAGAAACACACAAUAUUAUUUGUAUUGUCGUUUUCCAAUUAUUAUAUUUUAUUUAUCGUAAAACUUCAACUUCUGGAUAUAAAAAUGAGAGCCAAAAAAAUUUUGGAUGGCAAUUUUUCCUUAUCUCAUUAUUAGAUGCUUCUACAGUUAUAAUUAGUAUGAUCGGUCUCACAAGAACAACGGGAAAUAUUCAGUCAUUUAUAAUGCAAUUGAUUAUUCCAGUUAAUAUGUAUUUUUGUUUCAUGUUUCUUGGAUAUCGAUAUCACUUAUUUAAUUAUUUGGGAGCAUUCAUUAUACUUAUUACUAUAGCCGUUGUAGAAACAUUUUUAUCUUUUGAAACACAAAGUGAAAAUUCAAUCAUUUUUAAUUUAAUUAUGAUUUCUGCCUUAAUACCUUUAAGCUUUUCAAACAUGACCAGAGAGGUUGUCUUCAAAAAGCACAAAAUAAAUAUCCUAAGAUUGAAUGCUAUGGUCGUUUUGUUCCAAUUUUUUACCUCCCUUUUAGUUUUACCAGUCUAUAAUAUUCCUUUUUUGAAAGAAAUUUAUAUGCCAUUCUCUGAAAUGAGCACAAAUAUUAACAACGGAUUAAGAUGCUUAUUUUAUGGACAAAAUACAGUCGUUGAGAACUGUGGUGUUGGCAUGGUCAAAAUGUGUGAUAACUGUGAGGGAGCAUGGAAAACCUUUAUAACAUUUUCCUUUUUCAACAUAUGUGAUAAUUUACUUGCUUGUUAUAUAAUUGAUAAAUUUUCAACAAUGACAUACACCAUUGUUAGUUGUAUACAAGGACCAGCCAUAACAAUCGCUUAUUACUUUAAAUUUCUUGCGGGUGAUGCUGUAAGAAAACCAAGAAUAUUAGAUUUUCUUACUUUGUUUGGCUACUUAUUUGGAACAAUAAUUUACAGAAUUGGAAAUAUCAUAUUAGAAAAAAAAAAAAUGGUAAAAUCACAAAAUAGCAAUGACUCCGAAGCAGAAUUAACUUGUAUAGAAACAUCAACGGCAUAA